CGGACGCCGCCGCUGCCGCCGCCGCCGCCGUCGCCGCCGCCGCCGCCCACCGCCGCCGCCGCCGCCUCUGCGACCGACGGCAGCGGCGGCAGCGCCGGUGGUCGUAACGGCGGCGAUGGCGAUCGGACCACCAAACAAUCGCUACCUUCCCUGCCUCCGCCGCCGCCCCCGCCGCCUCCGCCGCCGCCGCCGGUGAACCUGCUGGAGGCGUGCUUCGUGUGCCGCGAGAGCCUGCAGAGCCGCGAGCCCAAGCUGCUGCCGUGCCUGCACUCGUUCUGCCACGCGUGUCUCCCGCCGCCCGAGGAGAGGCGGCUCGGUGUGCCGCCGGGCCCGGGAGCGAUGAACGGCGGCGAGACCCGCGUCCAGAUUGCCCAAGUGGUUCGUUGCCCCGUGUGUCAACAAGAGUUCCGCCUGGUGGAUGUCCUCGAUAACUACUUUGUGCGCGACGGCCCAGAACAGCAGCCCAGCGCGACCGAGAGCACAAGCCAGGUGUGCACGAGCUGCGAGGAUAACGCAGAGGCAGCGGGCUUCUGCGUGGAGUGCGUGGAGUGGCUGUGCCGCACGUGCGUGGAGGCGCACCAGCGUGUCAAGUUCACCAAAGACCACACCGUUCGCCUUAAGGAUGACACCGCCGACGGUUUGCUGGGCCUGUCGGGCCAGCGCCCCGUGUUGUGUCCCGUGCACAAGCAGGAGCAGCUGAAGCUGUUCUGCGAGACGUGCGACCGCCUCACCUGCCGCGACUGCCAGCUGCUGGAGCACAAGGAGCACAGGUACCAGUUUCUGGAAGAAGCCUUUCAGAACCAGAAGACCAUCAUUGAGACCUUUAUGGCCAAGCUGCAAGAGAAGAGGAAUUACGUCCAAAUCGCCGCCAACCAAGUGCAGAACCGGUUGAACGAGGUGCAGGAGAGCAAGAGGAAGGUGGAGCACGACAUCAAGGUGGCGAUCUACACGCUCAUGAACGAGAUCAACAAGAAGGGCAAGGCCCUACUGCAGCAGCUCGAGGCCCUGACGGGGGAGCGGCAGUCUCGGCUGCAGGCGCAGCACGGGGAGGUGAUGCUCCUGUCCCGCCAGGUCGACCACGUCAUGAACUUCGCGCGCUGGGCCCUGACGGCGCACAGCAACUUCGCUCUGCUCUACAGCAAGAGACUGAUCUUCUUCCAGCUGCGCCGCGUGCUGCGAGCACCCUGCGACCCCACGCCGGCGCUGAGCGGCGGCGUCGUCAGGUUUUACUGUGACCCCAACUUCUGGGCACGCAACGUCCUCAACCUGGGAACACUGGUGAUGGAGAACCCUGUGACUGGGCCCGGAAGGGAUGCAACCCAAUCUUACAUGACCAAUCAGAGUGCGGGGAGCAUGGCUCCACCCACGGCAGAGGGUGGAGCCGGCAGUGGCGGUGGGGGCAGUUGCGGCACAGCAGGGCCAAAUCAACCUGGCGCAGCUGCGCCUGCAGCACAUGCAGCACCGCCUGAGCCGCCUGGCCGCCUCCAUCAGGCAGCCGUCCUCCCAGCAUGCACCGCAACGACCGCUCACCUCCGUUCACAUGGUCAACCAACAGCCAAUCAUCCUGCAAUAUCAUACCCCCCAGGCUGGUCACCCUGCCCCCCAGUUCACGGGGGCCCCCCUGCGGACCCCUACCUAACCCGCUGCAGCAGCUGCAGCAGUUCUCCACGGGAUCCAUUCCCGGAGGGUCAGCGCCACCCCACUCCAGCCAGCAAGGGGUACCCCCCCAACUCAUGCGGCAGCACUCUGCGGGGGUUGGGGGACCUGGACCCACAGGUGGUUCCCACCUCUCCAUGGGUGUCUCAUCAAUCCCGUCCGUCACUAACCCCGAAAACCUACCCACGGUACCCGACAUCCCUCCCAUACAGCUGGACGAGUUUGGCGGCAUGCUGCUGCUGCGAGACGGGCCCCCCCCCGUCCACCUGUCCCACGGCGCCACGGCCGCCCCCCCCCGCCCACCUCUCCUCCCCGGGGUCAAGCUCGCAGUCGCCCCAUCCUCCGUCGGUGCAGUCGCCCAACCUGGGUGCAUUGCACCUGCACGGGGCCGUCAACUCGACGUCUCACAUGGCUCCCGUUCGACCCUCAAGCGCCUCCAGUAACGGCAGCCGAGCCAGUGCCAUGGGCGAUCCACUGGAUCACAUUUCCAUCGUGAAGGUGGAGCAGGUCUACGUGAAGCAGGAGCCCGGCACCACAGCCAGCCACGGCAACGCCUGCCGCCACUCUUCCCCACCGCCGCCACCCCCGCCGCCGCAGCAGCAGUCGCACAGCAGCGGCAGAAGCAGAACUGCAGGUGGCACGACAAAAACGAUAACCACCAAAGUGCGCAUCAAGCCGGAAGGCAGCACGCCCAGCAAGCGGCGCUCCUGCAUGCUCGGUUCUCGCGGGUCAAGCCUCACACCCCCGACCUCUAACCCCGGCUCGGCUGAGGGGGCUGGGGGAGUGACGAGCAGCAGCACAGGAAGAGGGGGAACAGGCGGCGGGGGCGAGGCAAAUGCCUCGGCGGACGACGACGACCCGAACGAGGACUGGUGCGGUGUGUGUCAGAACGGAGGAGACCUCCUCUGCUGCGAGCGGUGCCCCAAGGUCUUCCACCUGAGCUGCCACGUGCCGGCCCUGCUCUCGUUCCCCACCGGGGAAUGGCUGUGUGCUUUCUGCCGGAGCGUGGGGAAUCCAGAGAUGGAGUACGACAGCGAGGAUCAGCAGCAUGGGCUGGACGGGAAGCGCAAGACCCCCCUGCUGCUCUCUCCGGGGCUCUCGGGGCCCGACCAGCGUAAAUGUGAGCGGCUGCUUUUGCACCUGUUCUGCCACGAGCUGAGUGCGGCAUUUCACGAGCCCGUCAGCCACUCGGUGCCCAGCUACUACAAGACGAUCCGCAAGCCCAUGGACCUGUCGACCAUCAAGCUGAAGCUGCAGAAGAAGCACAUGGAUCACUACCACACUCCCGCCGAGUUCGUGAGCGACGUGCGGCUCAUCUUCAAGAACUGCGCCAAGUUCAACGAGCCUGACUCGGAGGUGGGCCGUGCGGGCCUGUCCGUCCUGUCCUUCUUCGAGGAGACGCUCUCCCGGCUUUACCCGCAGCUGUGCGUGCCCAACACGCCGGCGUCCGUGUUCGGCACAGACGGCCCUCCCACCUCUUCGGCGUCAUCGUCGGCGUUAACGACGACGGCGGCGCCACCGUCGCCGCCGCUGCCGCCGUCGUUGCUGUGGCUGUCGUCGUCCCCGCCGCCGCCGCUGCCGCUGCCACCCACGCCUCUUCGCUCGGCCUCGUCCUCUUCCUCGUCGCCUCCGCGGCCGUCGUCUGUCCCGUCGCCGAACCCGGCCAGCGCCGCCUCCUCAGUGCCGACCUUCACCGCCGCCGUCCCCCCCGGUGGAGGAGGACCGGGAGGGAAGAAGAAGGGCGGAAGACGGAAGCUGAACAACAAUGACGAUGACUAUCAUGACGACGGGGAAAUCGAGACGUCUGACGAGGACUUUGAGCCUCGGCGGAAGAAGCGUGCUGGGCGCGGGGAUGAGAAGCCGGUUCACAUCAGGUGAUGGAGGAGCGCGGUUUGACUCGGGGUCCGCUGAGUGGCCUGGGGGGCCGGGGUGGGGGGAGGGCACGCCGUGUGUGUGAGCAUGCAUGGGGUGAUGUCAGCUCUUCAUUGUGAUCCAGCCGGCGGAGCCAUAAGAGAUUCAUUGGCUCGAUAGUAGAUUGAUUCACGUGGGGAAUCGGUGUUGAGUCGCAUUAAGAUUGAGUUCGAUAGGGGUACGUGUGUAGAUUUGCUUUGUUAUUGUUUGUAUCAUUACCACCGGCGCUCCAGUUUUGACACGAUCUGUAUUCAAGGGGGGAAAAAAUGCAACAUGACCAUGAAGUGAGUAAUUUUAGUAAAUACUGUUACAGUCUAAUGCUGCCACGUGGGGGUAGGCAUUAACUAAAGCCUUGCAUUUUAACUGCAAUGUUACUUUUAACUCAGCCAAUCAACCCUCUGGGGGUCGAUAAAAUAUGUCCCGCUUUGUGGGGGAAGUGAAAAGUGGUUGUCCAAUGAAUAGCCUUGCUCCCCCACCAUAGGAAUGUGGAAUUCUCAGCCACGUCUCAGGGCUGAACACUGGAGAUUUAAACAAAAACCUUGGUCUUACUCGCCUGCGAAAGUAUCUCACUGAGAGUCAUUGAAAAAAAUGUAUUCUUUCAGAAACAUAAUAAAACGGUACUUGCUUCAUUUUAAUGGACCAGGAAGAAAGUUCACUGUUAAUCACGAUGUUCACGGGAACAGGUUUAACGAUAUACGUGGUUACGUGGGUGUUGUUUGACCAUGCUUCACCUCUCUGGUUGGUACGGGUCGGUGAGGGGCUGGGAUCAUAGAGUUCAACAUUUCCCUCUGCUGCCUAGCACGUGGCCCCACGGCCUAUAACGCCUGUUUUGCACCGCGGUGCACUAUCCAGUCUCGGCCCUGAAUAAGCGUCUUGAGAUCUGACGAAAUGGGCCACACAUUCCAGGUGACUUGGUCACAGGCUAAGGCCUACUCCUGUAAAUGAUCAGCGCGUUUGUGACCCGAUGCCUGGAGACUCAAUCCAGUGCACCAUUUAAACAAUUACAGCGGCACGUCACUGACAUCCCUUGCACAUGGUCGAUGUGUGUGACGUGAAAGUGGGUUCAGAUUCAUGUAGGGUUUGAAACUGAAAGGUUUUUUUUUUCCCCCCCCCACAAAUAAUUAAACUAGUCCCACAUUCUGUUGGUGCUAUUUCGUUUUUCUUUAGUUCGUGUUUAAAAUUUUAAAUGAACAUUCGAUUAGAUAUUUUUACCAAAAUUGACGUUUUUGUCGCAAUAUAUUUUUUAUUUUAUUGAUAACGUUUCUUCAGGUUAACUAGCCUAAUUAAAUGUAUAUUUUUUUAUCAAUGAACCAUUGUAUUUUACUCUACCAGAUAAAAAUCAUCAUUUAUGUUCAGUUUUAAAUACAUUUAUUUUGACGUAUAUUUAUUAUUUACAAAACAUACUUUUAAACGCUACCGUUAAAAUUGUGACCUUGAUUUUACGUUUAGAUUUUUACUAUCUUCUAUAAUUUUUUUAUGUUUAGGAUGUCUAUAUAAAAAAAGGUAAUAUAAUCGCCAUUCAUUUGUAAUUCAUUAUUUUGUGUAUUUUUCUUUUGUAAAAUUUUAUCAAGUUUCUAUUUAAUGUUCCCAAAAUUUACUCACUCAUUUAGCGAAAUUUAAAUGUUACCGCUGUUCACGAUAUGUGCGGACCGAGCGAUUUUUUUUAAUUUUUUUUUUAGUGUCGCAGUGAGUAGACCGCAGCACUGUGAACCCAGCGACCAGAGUUCAGCCGCCAGCCACGGCUAACAUCAGUGGGCGAGUGAUAUCUGAAGCAUUCCGGGGCUCGCCUUUCACCAGCCAAGGACUGCCAAGUGCGGUGUGGUCAAACAACCCCUAGUAUGGUCAAACAAACCCCUAUGGACACAGUGCGGAAUUCAUCCAGCAGUGAAUCUGCAAAGAAAUGAACACGAUUAUUAAAUUUACAUCGUUGUGAAAUGUUAUCGUUGUAAAUCCAAAAACUGCCAUCUCCCACGUUCAACUAGUGUAUCAUCACACUCGGCAUGCGAAUCUGCUUGGUGACCUAGUACAGCCAAAACAUAUUUUGCACAACUCGACACCAUCGUUGCACAGCCAAUCGCAGCCCAUCCGAGAAUGUCACCCUCCCGAGGCUCAUAGUGGUGCGCCUCUACACCUUACUGAAGCGGAGUGGUUGUAAAACCGUAUUUAUCCAAAGCAGCUUUCUAACUGGGUCCCGAGCAGGGUUCGCAACACCACUCUUCAUCCAGCAGCGGGUGGAGAAUGAUUGCCCGCUAUGACGAGCAAGCGACGCUCACCGGCGGAACGAGACUUUCUCGCAAGCGACCGGUUGUGAUUCGGACGUAACGACGAGUCUGUUUCCGGCGGCAGUGGCGGCAGCGUAAAUUCCACAUUCCUUUGGCAGGAGACAAAUUUGUCUGCAUGACGACCGCCUCUGACAUCUCGCAAAGCGAUACACGUGUUAUCGGCCCUGGAAGGACCGCGUUGGUAAUAAUGACGAUGUCAGUACUUUGAUGUUACCGGUGACCGGGAAUUGAAUCCCACUGUAUAUAUUUGUGUUUACUUGUGAAUACCGUGGGUUUCAAUCCAAACAAACAAAACGCUUAUGACGGAACGAUACCUGUUUCACGUUGAACCAGAAACGGUCAAUGUUCCGACCAAGAGGCCUUGCUCAAAAGGGCUCGCAUCAUCACCAGGACCCAAAGCCUUCUCCUGCUCAGCGAAGAUUUAAACAAACAACACUUGUGGAACCCAUUGCCGGUCCCUCUGCGAUGACGCAAAUGUCGAUAGACCUUGGUGAACGAUUGUGUCGUGGCCGAACGGAUAUUUAAAAUGCACCAGCGGCAGAUUCCACUGAUCUUUACGGAGAAAGAUAGAUCGUGUAUGUGUGCAUGUGCGAACGGUGUAUAUUUAUGUAUAUAUUAGGGAUGUAUUCCUCAUUUGAUGAUCCUGGACAUUGAGAGUUUUGGAUCCGUAAAAAAAAGGAAAUCUGAUCGUUGCAAAAAUGUAAUGUCACAUAAAAGUGACUUCAUUUGUGUUACGAAGUGAUGUCACUUCCAUGCUUUUCCUGCCAAAAGUGCCAGCGUUUAGACGCUAGAAGAUGUGACUUGUGGGUAAAUUAUUUAAAUAUAACAAAUUUUAAUUCAAGUUUUUGCUUUACUGUUGGAAUUUUACGUAAAAAAAUACUAAUGUUUAAACUUAUUAAAGAGGACUUCAUUUUGUGCAUAAACAAUAAAAGUUAUUCAAGUGGAAUAAUGUUCUAUUAUACGACAAUAUGAAAUAAAAUAUGCAAAUUGCCCCUAAUCCAAAAAUCAUAUCAAAGAACGUGUAAUGAAAAGCUCAUCCCUAAUAUAUGUAUGUAUGCACAUGGCAGCUGCAGUGCAUUGUUGGUUGUUGGUAGAGAUUCUGCAUCUGUUGCGUGACUUCCAGUGGAUUUUAAACGAGCAUUUUAUUUGGAUUUGUAAAA